UGGAUUUUUCUCUCCUUAUGAAAAAUCCAUAGUUGUUUCGGGGAAGGCAUUGGGGCUCCCUAGGCCACCCCUCUGACCUCCCCCGCUCACCCCUGCCCACCCCCCAGGCCAUGGACAGCCAGAAGCAGUUCACCGGUCCAGAAAUCCAGUUCCUGCUUUCGUGCUCCGAAGCGGAUGAGAACGAGAUGAUUGACUGCGAGGAGUUUGCCAACCGCUUCCAGGAGCCAGCCCGCGACAUCGGCUUCAACGUGGCCGUGCUGCUCACCAACCUGUCGGAGCACGUGCCUCACGACCCGCGCCUGCGCAACUUCCUCGAGCUGGCUGAGAGCAUCCUCGAGUACUUCCGGCCCUACCUGGGCCGCAUCGAGAUCAUGGGCGCCUCCCGCCGCAUCGAGCGUAUCUACUUCGAGAUCUCGGAGACCAACCGCGCCCAGUGGGAGAUGCCCCAGGUGAAGGAGUCGAAGCGUCAGUUCAUCUUCGACGUGGUGAACGAGGGCGGCGAGUCGGAGAAGAUGGAGCUCUUCGUGAGCUUCUGCGAGGACACCAUCUUCGAGAUGCAGAUCGCCGCGCAGAUCUCGGAGACCGAGGGCCGGCCGGGGGAGGGCGACGACGAGGGCGCGGGCGCGGCGGAGGCGGGCGCCGAGGGCGCCGAGGAGGGCGCGGCGGGGCCCGAGGGCGCGGCGGGGACGGCGGCGGCGGGCGCGACGGCGCGACUGGCGGCGGCGGCGGGUCGGGCCCUACGGGGCCUCAGCUACCGCAGCCUGCGGCGGCGCGUGCGGCGGCUGCGGCGGCUGACGGCGCGCGAGGCCGCGACGGCCGUGGCCACGCUGCUCUGGGGGGCGCUGGCGCGCGCGGGCGCGGCGGCCGCGGGGGCGGCGGCGGGCGCGCUGCGCCUGCUCUGGGGCUCGCUCUUCGGCGGCGGCCUGGUGGAGGGCGCCAAGAAGGUGACGAUGACCGAGCUCCUGGCGGGCAUGCCCGACCCCACGGGCGACGAGGUGCACGGCGAGCAGCCGGCCGGGCCCGGAGGCGACGCGGACGGCGAGGGUGCGGGCGAAGGCGCGGGCGACUCCGCGGAGGGCGCGGGCGACGAGGAGGCGGCGGCGCAGGAGGCCGGUCCGGAAGGCGCCGACGGGACUGUGGCCGUGGCCGAGGAUGGCCCCUUCCGGCCCGAAGGGCCCGGCGGCCUCGGGGACAUGGGUGACACGACGCCGGCGGAGCCGCCCACGCCCGAGGGCUCCCCCAUCAUCAAGAGGAAGUUGGGGGUGGAUGGAGAGGAAGAGGAGCUGCCUCCAGAGCCCGAGCCUGAGAAAGCCGAUGCUGAGAAUGGGGAGAAGAAAGAAGUCCCCGAACCCCCACCAGAACCCCCCAAGAAGACAACUCCUCCUCCCCCCGCUCCAAAGAAGGAGGGGGCUGCAGGCGGGGGCCUGGAAUUCUGGGGAGAACUGGAAGUACAGAGGGUGAAGUUCUUGAACUACCUCUCCCGGAACUUUUACACUCUGCGAUUCCUUGCCCUCUUCUUGGCAUUUGCCAUCAACUUCAUCCUGCUGUUUUAUAAGGUCUCAGACUCUCCACCAGGGGAGGAUGAUAUGGAGAGCUCAGCAGCUGGGGACCUGUCAGGAGCAGGGUUAGGUGGAGGCUCUGGCUGGGGCUCAGGGGCCGGAGAGGAAGCAGAGGGCCACGAGGAUGAGAACAUGGUGUACUACUUCCUGGAGGAGAGCACGGGCUACAUGGAACCUGCCUUGCGUUGCUUGAGCCUUCUGCAUACGCUGGUGGCCUUCCUCUGCAUCAUUGGCUACAACUGUCUCAAGGUGCCCCUGGUGAUCUUUAAGCGGGAGAAGGAACUGGCCCGGAAGCUGGAGUUUGACGGCCUCUACAUCACGGAGCAGCCUGAAGACGAUGACGUGAAGGGGCAGUGGGACCGGCUGGUGCUCAACACCCCGUCUUUCCCCAGCAACUACUGGGACAAAUUUGUCAAGCGGAAGGUCUUGGACAAGCACGGGGACAUCUAUGGGAGGGAGCGGAUCGCCGAGCUCCUGGGCAUGGAUCUGGCCACGCUGGAGAUCACAGCCCACAAUGAGCGCAAGCCUGAACCACCACCAGGGCUGCUCACCUGGCUCAUGUCCAUCGAUAUCAAGUACCAGAUCUGGAAGUUUGGGGUCAUCUUCACAGACAAUUCUUUCCUGUAUCUGGGCUGGUACAUGGUGAUGUCCCUCCUGGGUCACUACAACAACUUCUUCUUUGCCGCCCACCUCCUGGACAUUGCCAUGGGGGUCAAGACGCUGCGCACCAUCCUCUCCUCCGUCACCCACAAUGGGAAACAGCUGUUGAUGACCGUAGGCCUCCUGGCGGUGGUGGUCUACCUGUACACCGUGGUGGCCUUCAACUUCUUCCGCAAGUUCUACAACAAGAGUGAGGAUGAGGAUGAGCCUGAUAUGAAGUGUGACGACAUGAUGACGGUAAGCCCCUCCCCCCAGCGCUCUUGGAACAAGUUACUGACCAUCCCUGACCCUGAGUUUUCCCAUCUGUAAAGGGGGUUCGUAACA